UAAGCAUAAACGAGAGACGGUUAGGUCUCCGCGCGCAAUAAUCCGUGCUUCAACGAAUCUCACACAUUUCUACGUUUUCGCGGCGUACAGAGAGUUCGUUCCGUUGCUAAGAGCAUAUAUUAGAGAUAUUAAGGAGAUUAAGAAUACGAAGAUAAUAAGACGUAAUCUAAAUCAUAAGAAAUAUUUAAUCUGUGAACAAACAAAAAAAAGACCGGUCACUUAUCAAUUAGAUUUCCUGUUUAGACAACGUUUUUCAAAUCUUGUCGAAAAUUCAAGCUUGCCUUACAGAAAAGAAAGAGAAAAAAGUGAAGAGGGGAGAGGUGGUGACGAAGGAGAGUGGUGGAAGGGGAAGGAACGUGGAAGCCGGUAAGAACGAUCGAUCGUGAAAGACAAGACCGUGUCAACCGUUCAACAUCAUCGAAAAGAGCUGCAUAUUUCGAACGUGCUACACUUCCUUCGAAUUUUAUCGAAAUUCAGCGUGGUUAACUCCCGCCACUACUGCCGGUCUAUUUUACGAGUUCCUUCUUCGCCAGUUCUGUUCUAUUAACGGUCGAGGUCCACGACUGACGCCUGUGUUACAGAGAAAAGGAAUAAGAAGUACGAUUCGCUAACUAUAAUAACUCGUUCCUCUUCUUCAAAAUCCGUAAUUAAAACGAAAAAGGGAGUCUUAAAAAAGAUUUUCUUCCAUUUUGUUUCUGAUAAUAAUUCAAGUUCAAACAAGUUCGAAGUUCAAGAGAAUAUUCGAUCGUCGUGGGAGGUCGGUGUCUCGUCUGUUGACAGACUAACGAGAAUUAUUGUUUUUUCUUUUCUUUUUUUUUUCCCUCUCCGAAAAAGAAGAAUAGAAAAGGACAGUGCUCUGAAGAAAGAAGGAUAAGAAAUUCUAAGAAAAGAGAAUUCAAUAGGGACUUCGUUUCGGUACUACGCAGUAAUUUUUCUUCCUUUUGAAGAUUGAAAACAUGAGUUCUGGCAAUUAUUGGUCUCUUCCUCCGAAACAAGGUCUUUACGAUCCAACACUUGAGAAAGAAGCAUGUGGUGUUGGAUUUAUCGUUGCUAUCGAUGGCAAGAGAUCUCAUAAGAUUAUUCGAGAUGCGCAGACACUUUCCGCACGGAUGAAUCACAGAGGUGCAUGUGCUUGCGAUAAUGAUACCGGUGAUGGUGCCGGUGUACUUUGUGCUAUACCACAUGAAUAUUAUGCGGAUGAAAUUCGCGAGCAACAGAAUAUUGAGUUGCCUAAUAUCGGACGUUAUGCUACUGGCAUACUUUUCCUUGAUAAGAAUACCCAUAAGGAAACUGAAGCUGCAUUUGAAAAAUUAGCUGAAGAAUGUAGUCUAAGAGUAAUUUGUUGGCGCGAUGUCCCAACGGAUGACACGCAAAUUGGCCAAGUUGCAAAAAAAUGUGAACCUUAUAUGCGACAAGUAUUCGUUACGGGUGAUCAAGAGGAUAAAGAAAUUCUUCAACGUCAGAUUUUUGUAUUAAGAAAGAGAUCAUCUCAUACCAUACCUAAAGCAGAAUUAAGAUAUUAUAUUUGUUCGCUCUCUUUGAAAACUGUUGUCUAUAAAGGCCAACUUACAGCAGAUCAACUCUGGUCAUACUUUGAGGACUUAAAGUCACCAAAAUUCGAGACUUAUUUGGCAUUAGUUCAUACAAGAUUUUCCACAAAUACAUUCCCUAGUUGGGAAAGGGCACACCCAUUGCGAUUACUCGCGCAUAACGGUGAAAUCAAUACUUUGCGAGGAAAUGUUAAUCUUAUGAAAGCUCGUGAGGGGGUUAUGAGCAGUAAGAUUUAUGGUAAUCAAUUGAAAGAUCUUUAUCCAGUUGUAGAGCCAAAUCUUUCGGAUUCUGGUGCAGCUGAUUGCGUACUUGAAUUUUUGGUAAUGGCGGGACAACGUUCAUUGCCUGAGGCUGUUAUGACUAUGGUACCAGAGGCUUGGCAAAAUGAUCUUACAAUGGCUACGGAGAAAAGAGACUUUUAUCAUUGGGCUGCAUGUUCUAUGGAACCAUGGGAUGGUCCAGCUCUACUGACAUUCACCGAUGGUCGUUACGUUGGUGCUAUCUUAGACAGAAAUGGCCUGCGCCCCUCGCGCUUCUACGUCACUAAGGAUAACAUGAUGGUGAUGGCGUCCGAAGUGGGCGUCUAUGACACACCGCCCAGCAAUAUAAUCCUGAAGAGCCGUUUGAAGCCUGGAAGAAUGCUCCUUGUUGACACUGAGGAAAAGAAGAUUAUACAAGAUGUUGAACUAAAACAACACAUUGCAAGAAGCAGGCCUCAUUCUAAGUGGCUCAGAGAACAGAGGAUAACGAUGGAUGAAAUACGUGCUGCUCAUGCUGCUAAUGGUGGUACAUUGAAUACAUUCGAGAAUGGAUACAAUUCUGAGGUUCAGAAAAAAAAUAUUAUCAAUGGUCUUAAUGAAAUUUCUGCUGUUAAUCGUGUCUGGGGUGGUGAUAAAAGAUUGUCUUUGUAUGGAUAUACAUUGGAGACCAUCAACUUGCUGUUACUUCCAAUGAUACAAUCCAAAAAAGAAGCUCUUGGUUCCAUGGGUAAUGAUGCACCGCUUGCGUGUUUAUCUCAAUUUCAACCUUUACCAUACGAAUACUUCAAACAAUUAUUUGCACAGGUGACAAAUCCUCCGAUCGAUCCAUUCAGAGAAAAGAUCGUCAUGUCAAUGCUCUGUCCAAUUGGCCCUGUGAGCAAUAUUUUGGAGCCAAGUGAACUCCAAGUACAUAGAUUGUUCUUAGAACAACCAAUUUUAUCUCUUGAUGAUCUUGAAGUUCUUAAGCAAACCAAACAUCGUGGAUGGACAACCAAGGUCAUUGAUGCAACAUAUCCUGUAGAAGACGGACCUCUUGGUUUGGUAAAGACUCUGAACCGUGUCUGUAAUGAAGCUAACGAAGCUGCUAGAGGUGGUUAUCAAUUAAUUGUAUUAUCUGAUCGACAAGGUGGUUCAGAAAGAGUUCCAGUUAGCAGUUUAUUAGCAUUAGGAGCAGUACAUCACUUUUUGAUCGAAGAGAGACAACGAAUGAAAGUUGGUCUUAUCCUGGAGACUGCUGAAGCUAGAGAGGUACAUCACAUAUGCGUGUUACUUGGUUAUGGUGCAGAUGCUAUUUGUCCAUAUCUUGUAUUUGAAAUGGCUAAGAAUUUAAGAGCAGAUGGAGUUUUUGACUAUACGUAUACCGAUGAAGUCAUAUAUAAGAAUUAUUCUGAAGCUAUGGAACGUGGCAUAGCAAAAGUAAUGGCAAAAAUGGGAAUAUCAACUUUACAAUCUUACAAAGGAGCACAAAUCUUUGAAGCAGUUGGAUUAGCCGAUGAAGUGAUAGAUAAGUGUUUCAAGGGCACUCAGUCACGUAUUGGUGGAGUAACAUUUGAAAUAUUAGCUAAAGAGGCAUUUGAAAGACAUCAAAUAACAUAUUGGAAUAAACCAAUGGACAUGUUAAUAAUUCGUAAUCCAGGUAUUUAUCACUGGCGAUCUGGUGGAGAAAAACAUAUCAAUGAUCCUGGCAGCAUAGCUAGUUUGCAGGAUUAUGUUGUUUCGAAAAGCAAUAAUGCUUAUGAAAAUUACCGUAAGAUAUCAAUGGACAUGGUUCAAAAUUGUACAUUGCGCGGUCAAUUAGUAAUUAAAAAAUUAGAUAAGCCAAUAGACAUAAACGAAAUAGAACCUGCUUCUGAAAUUGUUAAACGAUUUGUUACCGGAGCUAUGAGUUUUGGAAGUAUCUCGCUUGAAGCUCAUACCACAUUGGCAAUAGCUAUGAAUCGCAUUGGAGGUAAAUCCAACACAGGUGAAGGUGGUGAAAAUGCAGACAGGUAUCUUAAUCAAGAUCCAGAAUUUAACAAGCGUUCGGCUAUAAAACAAGUAGCCAGUGGUAGAUUUGGAGUAACUUCAAGUUACUUGGCUAAUGCCGAUGAUCUUCAAAUAAAAAUGGCUCAGGGUGCAAAACCAGGAGAAGGUGGAGAAUUGCCUGGCUACAAAGUCACUGCAGAUAUUGCUGCAACCAGACAUUCUGUAGCUGGUGUAGGUCUUAUUUCACCACCUCCUCAUCAUGAUAUUUAUUCGAUAGAAGAUUUGGCCGAAUUAAUCUAUGAUCUAAAAUGUGCAAAUCCUAAUGCCCGUAUAUCUGUCAAAUUAGUAUCAGAAGUUGGAGUGGGUGUAGUCGCAGCAGGUGUGGCAAAGGGUAAAGCUGAACAUGUAGUGAUAUCUGGUCACGAUGGUGGUACUGGCGCUAGUAGUUGGACAGGCAUUAAAUCCGCAGGCCUUCCAUGGGAAUUGGGUGUAGCGGAGACUCAUCAAGUUCUGACAUUGAAUAAUCUUCGAUCACGCAUGGUAGUUCAAGCAGACGGACAGAUGCGUACAGGUUUUGAUAUCGUAGUUGCAGCAUUACUAGGUGCAGAUGAAUUUGGUUUCAGUACAGCUCCUUUGAUUGCUAUGGGAUGUACUAUGAUGAGAAAAUGUCACUUGAAUACUUGUCCCGUUGGUAUUGCCACGCAAGAUCCUGUACUUAGGAAAAAAUUCGAAGGAAAACCGGAACAUGUGAUAAAUUUCUUCUUUGCGCUUGCCGAAGAGGUUCGUCAGCACAUGGCGAGUCUUGGUAUUAAAAAAUUCCAAGAUUUAAUAGGCCGUACAGAUUUUCUUAAAGUACGCGACGAUAUAGCUGUUGAGAAAGCUAAGACAUUGAGCUUCGUAAAUAUUCUACGAAAUGCAUUGGAUUUAAGACCGGGUGUGAACAUUCAUGGUGGUUCUAUCAAGCAAGAUUUUCAAUUAGAAAAUAGACUUGAUAACGAAUUGAUUCGAUUGGCUGAGCCAAUAUUAAAUGGUAAACAAAAACGUGUUGAUAUUGAAAUGAAUAUUAACAACGAAUGUCGAGCAUUUGCAUCUACGUUGAGUUAUCAAAUAUCUAAACAAUUUGGUGAAAAUGGUUUGCCAGAGCAUAGUAUUAACAUCAAAAUGAAAGGUUCAGCAGGUCAAAGCUUUUGUGCUUUCAUGACGAAAGGUAUUCACGUGACACUUGAAGGAGAUGCUAAUGAUUAUGUAGGAAAGAGUCUUUGUGGUGGUGAAAUAGUGAUAUAUCCACCGAAAGAAUCAGAUUUCAAUUCUGAAGCUAAUGUCAUAGUAGGAAACGUUUGUCUUUAUGGUGCAACUUCUGGUAAAGCAUAUUUCCGAGGUAUCGCAGCUGAGAGAUUCAGUGUUCGUAACAGCGGAGCUGUUGUAGUUGUCGAAGGUGUAGGUGAUCAUGGUUGCGAAUAUAUGACUGGAGGAUGUGCUGUUAUUCUUGGAUUAACAGGACGAAAUUUCGCUGCUGGAAUGUCUGGUGGAAUAGCUUAUGUUUUUGAUGUUGAUGGUUCAUUCAAAAGCAAAUGCAAUCCCGAAAUGGUUGAGCUACUUCCACUUAAUAACACGGAAGACAUUGCUUAUGUAAAACAAUUGUUGGAAGAGUUUGUUGAAAAGACUGGUUCACUUAUUGCAAAGGAUUUGUUGAAUUUAUGGCCUGAACCAACGACCAGAUUUGUUAAGGUAUUUCCUUACGAGUAUCAACGAGUAUUGGAACAACGAGAAGAAACAAAGCAAGAACAACCGAUUCUUAAUGGAAAUUCACAGACUGAUUCAAAAGUGAAAGAUAUCGAAGAAGUUGUCACAGAUGGAGAAGUAGCACAGAAAAAAUUAGACAAGAUAAGAGGAUUUAUGAAGUAUAAGAGACAUACAGAAUCAUAUAGAGCAGCCGAGAAGCGUAUGGAGGAUUGGGAUGAGAUUUAUAAUUUCCAAGGCGUAAGAAAAGGAUUACGUACUCAAGCAGCAAGGUGUAUGGAAUGUGGUGUUCCAUUUUGUCAAAGUAGUUAUGGUUGUCCACUUGGAAAUAUUAUUCCUAAGUGGAAUGAUCUUGUAUUUCAUUCCAAUUGGAAAGAGGCGCUUAAUCAGCUUUUACAAACGAACAAUUUCCCAGAAUUCACUGGAAGAGUAUGUCCUGCACCAUGCGAAGGUGCUUGCGUACUUGGCAUAUCAGAACCUCCUGUCACUAUAAAAAAUAUUGAAUGUGCAAUAAUUGAUCAUGCAUUUGAACAAGGAUGGAUUCUUCCGCAUCCUCCAACAACAAGAACUGGGCGUACUGUAGCAGUAAUAGGUUCUGGUCCAGCUGGUUUAGCUGCUGCACAUCAAUUGAACAAAGCUGGUCAUUUAGUAACUGUAUAUGAAAGGAAUGAUCGUGUUGGAGGAUUAUUACAAUACGGUAUACCUACAAUGAAAUUAUCCAAACAAGUUGUACAAAGAAGAGUAUCUUUACUCGCUGCGGAAGGUAUAGUUUUUAAGACGGGUAUUGAUGUCGGAAAAGAUAUUACUGUUCAGGAAUUAAAAAAUCAAUACGAUGCAGUAUUACUUUGCACUGGUGCAACUUGGCCUAGAGAUAUACAGAUUCCUGGUAGAGAACUCGAAGGAAUUCACUUUGCUGUUAGUUUUCUAGAACAUUGGCAGAAAAAGCAGAUGGGUAAUGAAACCCCACAGGAUUUGCGGCUUAUGGCACAGGAUAAAGACGUUAUCAUAUUAGGUGGUGGUGAUACAGGCUGUGAUUGUAUUGCAACGUCUUUACGUCAGGGUGCUAAAACUAUUACUACUUUUGAAAUCUUACCUGAACCACCUGUAAAACGGGCUACAGAUAAUCCUUGGCCUCAAUUCCCUCGAUUGUUUAAAGUAGAUUAUGGUCACGAAGAAGUGGCUUUGAAAUUUGGUCGUGAUCCUCGUCAAUUCAGUACUCGCAGUGAGGAAUUUUUGGACGAUGGUAAUGGACAUGUGAGUGGUAUCAAGACUGUAACUGUAGAAUGGACAAAGGAUUCUACUGGAGGUUGGAAAAACAAUGCAGUUCCUGGAUCUGAGAAGAUAUAUAAAUGUGAUUUAGUUUUACUUGCUAUGGGAUUCUUGGGCCCAGAAAAAUAUAUUGCUAAUGAGUUGCAAACGAAAAUGGAUGCUCGUGGAAAUUAUGAAACUCCAAUAGGCAAAUACAAAACUAGUUUGCCUGGAAUCUAUGCAGCUGGAGAUUGUCGACGAGGACAAUCGUUGGUUGUUUGGGCAAUAACAGAAGGAAGACAAGCCGCAAGGGAAAUAGAUAUUGAUUUAAUGGGAACGACUGGUCUUCCCGGAGCUGGCGGUGUAAUAACUGGCGUUGUUGCAUAAGAGGUAGAUGGAAAGAAAUAAAAGAAGAAAUUCUCGAACGAAUCAUAUCGAAAGCCAUCGAACGAUAAAUGGAAAUCGUUCCGUGGGUAUCUGUCAAGUGGUGGACACAGAAGUUGGCUUUUUCAAGUAUUUUAGCAUAGCUAAGAAGCUGAUGUAUAAAGAGCAGUAAAUAUCAGAGGUAUAGCAGAGAUAUUUAAGUUAAAUAAUAGUUGGUAGCAGCUCUAUACGAAAGUAUUGAUAUGAAAGGUUAGAUGAACUUCUUUAUAUCGGAGAAGAAUGGUUUAUCCUCUCUACUCAAAAUUAUUCAUUUUUUUUUUGGACUUACUUUCAUUUCAUGGAAUAAUAUCUUUCUAUUGAGAGAUUAUCAUUAUCAUCAUCAUCAUCAUCAUCAUCAUCAUUAUCAUCAUUAUCAUUAUUAUUAUCAUCAUUAUCAUCAUCAUCAUCAUCAUCAUCAUCAUCAUCAUCAUCAUUAUCAUAGACUAUGAUGAAGAAUGAAUAUGUAGAGAAGAUAUCGAUAUGUUAUAUUAUAUCGAGGUAAUUAAAAAUUCGAUUGUCCGAGAUAAGCCAAUAAAAGGAUUAUAUACAGCAGGAUUAUGAAAGACAAUAGAAAGAUGGUACAUACGUGUUUUUGAAACUGAUACGUUUCUUAUUCGCUAUUGAUAGUGAGAUGAAAGUGUCAUUAAUAAUUUAUUAUUUUUGACAGAAGUAAUCUCAUUCUUUAUAAAAAAAAAUGUAUGUACAUUUUCUGUCACAUUAUGUGAUAUAUAUACAUAUAUAUAUAUACGUAUAUAAUAUCGUGGAUUUAAAAGAAAUCGAAAAAGUAUCUUUUACCAUUCGCGAUUAAAAACUUCAAUUGAAUGAUAUCAGAUGUUAGUAUGAAAAAAGAAAAAAAGAAAAAAAAAAGAAAAAAAAACGUAACGUAGAAGUACAUACGUAAGAUUCGUAAUCUCGGUUGCAGUUCGAUGAUCAUUAUCUACUUAAAACUUUGCCUGCUGAUGAUCAAUCUGUGUGCUGGUUAUUUUAUUGGAUUAUUAUAUUGUUAUAAUAUUUCUUGAAUAUAUUGAACAAAUAUGAUUAGCAAUCAUUGAUUAGAAAAAGGAAGGGAAAGGAGAAUCCAGUGACACAUACAGCAACAGUAGUAGCAGCAGCAACAGCAGAGUAGUAUGCAAGUAUUUUUCGAGCCUAUAUUUGCCUAUAAUAGAGUCUUUCUUUUCUCUUUUUUUUUGUUUUGUAAUAAUGCAUAAAAAUGGGCUAGCUUGAAAAAAAAAAAGAACGGAAAAAAAUUACAGGGUAGGCUAAAUGUUUUUAAUGUUAAAAAUCGAAUACUCUUUUUUGAGACUUUUGAAGACUAAUAAUGUUUUAUUGUCAAACUGUAGAACUCACUCUCUAUAAGCCUAUAAAAGCUCCUCGGUAAAGAGUUAAUGGUUUUUAAAAUCACUUAGGAAUUUUUGGCCUAGCCUGUAUAAGAAAAAAAAAAAAAAAAUGAUCAUGUACCGUUAAUGAUAAUAAUGAUAAAAAUAUCAUCGAUGAUUAAUUUAAAGUAAAUAGUCGAUCAAUUGACGAUGGAUUUGUAAUAAUAACCAUUUAGAAAAAAGAAUGUAUGCACUUCUCUCUAAUUCGGAAGUAUUCAAGGUUGUGUGUCUCGUAUAUUUUACGACAGGUAUCUUCUAGAAUCCGGCAUUAUUAUAUGAACCGGUACUAAGUAUAUGAUUUGUUUUUACACACAUUAUUUUAUUUUAUUUUUUUAUUUUCUUGUUUCUUUUUUGUAAAAUAA